AAUGGCGGAAGGUAUGUGCCGGUGGGAUAUUCGAGUAACGAUGACCAGGAUAUAAGGGUUCCAAUAUCGGAGUACUUUAAUUGCGGGAACGACAACGAAAGGAAUAGUAUUAACCUGCUUUUAUGGAAACUGCAGGCCGACUUUUAUGGUGUCAACUUGUAUGAAUGGUGCGGUGAAAGCACCUUUGAGCAAUCCGGCUACGCCGAUCGAACCCGGGAAUUCUCCUCAUACUCAAUUCCAGUAAUACUCUCUGAAUAUGGUUGUAAUCUGGUUCUUCCGCGCCCAUUCACCGAAGUUGCCGCGAUAUAUGGUCCACAGAUGUCUUCUGUGUGGUCUGGUGGGGUCGUCUUCGAGUGGUCACAAGAAAUAAAUUCUUAUGGUUUGGUCGAGAUCAAUAGUCAAGAUGGAAGUGUCAGAAAAUUGCAAGAUUUCUAUAAUUUAAAGAGUCAAUUUGAAAAAAUUGAUGCGAGACAUAGUGGAGCGAGAUUGGAGAUGGAUGAAUAUCAAACCGAUAACACCGAACCUUCUAAGUGUCCAAAUAAGUCGGAAGUGUGGAAUGCGAGUACCGUGCUACCGCCAACACCACGACGGGAGGUGUGCGAAUGCAUGUUAUCUUCUCUCACUUGCGUCGCAUCAUCAAAAAUCCACAACAAUCGUGAAUUGAUGGACGGACAAUUUGGAAUUGUGUGUGGACUGGUGGAUUGUGCGAAUAUAAGUAUGGACGGUAGUAGUGGUAAAUAUGGAAAAUUUAGUUAUUGUAGCCCUGAGGACAAAUUAUCGUAUAUGUUCGACGUUUAUUACAAGGCACAGAAAGAGGUGAAGGAGGCCUGUGAGUUUAAAGGCGCGGCAAAAAUAAUUAAGCCAACAAAAAGUAAUCUGACGGAAUGCGAAAACGAGCGGAGUGAAGUUAAUCUUGGGAAUAAAAAGAGGAGUGGAGUCGGAUCCCUGGUUUUAGAGAGAGCCGGAAAUAAGGUUGCAGUG